AUGUCGGGAUUUGAACGUGCGUGUUAUGAGGACUUUCAGAUGUAUAUUCCAGAAAUCACUGCAGAAACGAAAUUUGCAUCUCCGAGAAAACUCUGUGAAGAGAGUGCAGAUUUUGGUAUUGUUCAUCCAACCAUUAAUCAAGACUUUGCCUUAAACCAUCAUGCAAAUCCAAGCUAUCGAAAAAUUCUACCAAGUGAGACACAUUGCCACUACAAUAAAACAGUGAUGCCUUUUACUUUUAAAAGUUUAACUAACAAGAUUCCCAGAUCACUUGGAAACUGCGGCCACAAUGUGACAGUACCCAGUGCGUGUAGAGAAAGUACAUCACCAUGGCCUAUAGAAAACAAUAAAGAUUUGCAAUUUUCCCAUAGUUCAAGGCUACUAAAGGGUACGUCACAAGUUUUACCACUGAACAAUGCUGUUAGUCAUUUUACACCACAGCAGCUGUGCCCAACUGUGAGCAUCCGUGUUGACAUUUCUUGUCCUCUGUUGCCUUGUGGUCACAGCAGGAUGUCAUGCUGUGGCCAAGAUGCUUACGUUACAUCUCCUGAGCAAUCCAGUUAUAGUUUCAUAUCAGGAAACUUAGGGCCGGGAAGUAAUGGAGUUAUAAUGUCAGACAACUGUCAGAGUUGUCCUGGAUCUUCUGAUACCAGGGUAAACUCUUUUGCUGGCACUCGCAAACUUAGUCAUGCAACAGAUCAUUCAAGAGGUCACAACACAGGCUUUACCAAAAGCCAGUGUAAAUCAAAUGAUCUUGUUAAUACUGAUAAGAAGUCGUACCCUCAAAGAUUUGAGACUGUGACCAAAAGUGUGAUUGGAUAUCCACUAUCAUCAAGAGCAAACGAUCAUGCAAUUAACAUGUACAGCACCUCCAUGCAUAAUGGUAUCUCCAUGACUCAUUAUCAGCCACCCAGUCAAAAAAUGGAAAGUCAAAUCUACGAUUCUUUUAACUCCAGGGGAGUGAAACAUGAAAAUAAUAUAAUGCCAGCCAGGAGUAUGGGUUACUCUGCUGAGGAAAAUUCUUGUAUUUCAUCUGAUGAGCACAGUGUGAAAGUUACAAGUUUUCAGAAUGAAGGAACUCAAGGAAAUGAAAGGACCAUGUACUUUCCAAAAACUUCACUAACUUCUUGCCAUGACAUUGUAGAAUUGAGACCCAUUGAUCCAGGAAAGGUUUUUGGACAGUGUAAGUUUCAAGACAGUGGUAACAUGGCCUCAGAUGAGCAAUGUACUUUUGCUGAAUCAGCAUGUCACAGCAAAAAAUGGCGAGUAGAUACAUGGAUGGCACUACAAGCUGACAAUCACAGAGAAAUCAAGAGAGAGACAGAAUUAAAUGAAUUAUUGUUAGAUGCGCCAUUGAACCAGCCAUUAUCUCCUUUUGCAAAUCUUUCCAGUUUGGUAGCAAAAAUUGACCCUGAGCAUGGAAACAUUAUGACAGGACAAAAGAACAUAAAAGUGGAAGGUUAG